GAUCGCACGGCCGGUCUAAUCUCAUCCUCUGGUAGACUGGCCGGUAUAAGACACACAUGGCGAUGUCGAUCCAUUUCAUCUCGUCAACACUCAACAAAGCUCAACGUGCUGUUGCGGCUAAGAGAAGCAAGCAAGCGAGCACCACGCUCUUGCUCGAUCCGGUGCUGGCUAGCUGCAGAUCAGCGAGAGGGCGACAGAGAUGCCCGUGGUGGGGCUCAUCCCGUUCGUGUACGCGGCGAUCAAGAGGAAGCAGAGGUCGUCAGCGAGGGCGGACCGCUACGCGGAGAUCGCCGCGGCGGCGCGCUUCGACGGCGGCGGGCGCGCCGCCUACCAGUCUCAGAGCUGUCAUUUCGCCGUGCGUCCACCUUCGCCGCCCGACGAGCUCGGGUUCUCGUGCGACGGCGACAGCCGGCCGCCACCGGAGAGUCUCUCGCGGAAGCUUUCCUCGGCGGAUCGCUACGAGCGCCUGCUGGCCACGGACGGCCGGGAGGACGCGCGCUUCGACGCCGGCGGCUACCAGUCCCAGAGCUGCCGUUUCGCGGCUCGUCCGUGGACAACUGACGAGACCGCUGUACAGCGCUACGGAAGAGGCUCCGCUCCCCGCACGCAGCCGGAGGGCGUGCCGCGCCAGCUGCUUCCUACGGCCGGCCUAGACGCCCCCCUCGCUACUGGCGAGACGAGAGGACGGGAUAACGCGCGCUUCGACGGCGGCGGUGACCAGUCUCAGAGCUGCCGUUUCGCUGUCCGUCCUUCGCCGGCCAACGAGCUCCUCGUGUCGCGCGAAGACGGCGGCGCCUCCCGCCACCCUCUGGCGCGACGAGAGGAUAUCUCGCUCUCGCCACAGCUGCUUCUGCCGGCCAGUCGAAAAGACCGCAUCGGCACCGGUGAGACGCGCUGGCGGGAGCGAGAGCACGCUCGCUUGGACGGCGGCGGCAGUCACCAGUCUCAGAGCUGCCGGUUCGCCGCGCAACCUUCUGAUAUCGACGGGCACGGGCUUGGUUUCUCGCACGACGGAGGAUACGGCGUCGCCAGUCUGCCGCCGGAGGACCUCUCGCGCAAGCUGCUGCUGCCUGCCGGCCGGAGGGAGCGCGAGGUCUCCAGGUCCCUGAGGUUCAGCAGCAAGCGCGUGUUCGCAUGGGUCAGUGGCGCCUAGCAUGCUUUGUUGCUUUCUGAAAAGCAGUUUGCGUGCAGAGACACACCGUUGCGAAACCCGCGGUGAGCUUGGAGUGCUUUGGCGUGUCGGCCGGGCAUCUGAAUAUAUUCGACGCAUAUUUUAAAUUUAGAACAAUUGUUUGAUCAAGGACCUCUAUAAAUCCCUAAGACAGCAUCUACAGCC